GGGGGGAAAGAAAGAGAAAAAGGGAAAAAAAGGGAAGGGCUGAAGGGAGAGAACAUAACAUUUUUUGACUCUCAAGGCGCGUGUGUUUCUGGAGUUCAUUUCUGCUCCAUCCUGACCUCUCUCUCCUUUCCCUCCAACCUCCCUGUCUCCCUACAGGAUGCUCCCCUCCCGGACGAACCGUCUGGGGCCUCUCACUUGGUGACGAGCCCACCUUUCCGCCAGAGAACAUUGUUCCGCAGAGAGGAGGUGUCGGACUAAAAGCCCGGAGCGGAGGGCGUGAUCAUGCUGGUGAAAGAGUACCGCAUCUGUAUGCCCCUCACCACCGAAGAGUACCGAGUCGGGCAGCUGUACACCAUCAGCAAGCACAGCCACCAAGAGAGCGACAAAGGGGAAGGGGUGGAAGUGGUGAAAAAUGAGCCCCACGAAGACCCUGUCCAUGGGCAAGGCCAGUUCACGGAGAAACGGGUGCACCUGUCCAGCAAACUACCCAGCUGGGCGCGUGCAGUAACUCCACGGAUCUUCUACAUCACGGAAAAAGCUUGGAAUUACUAUCCAUACACCAUCACAGAGUACACGUGUUCCUUUCUGCCAAAAUUUUCCAUCUACAUAGAGACCAAAUAUGAAGACAACUGCGGAGACAACACAAACAUCUUCCACAGCGAUCAAAUCUUAGGAGACCACGAAGUCAUGUUCCUGGACAUCGCCUAUGAUGAGAUCCCUGAGCGCUAUUACCGCAGCCUGGAGCAGGAUCUCCGUCACUUCAGCUCGGCGAAGACCGGCCGCGGGCCCUUGCGGGAGGGCUGGCGAGAGCACACCCAGCCCAUCAUGUGCUCCUACAAGCUGGUGACGGUCAAGUUCGAGGUGUGGGGGCUGCAGACGCGGGUGGAGCAGUUUGUCCACAAGGUAAUUCGGGACAUCCUGCUGAUAGGUCACCGGCAAGCCUUCGCUUGGGUAGACGAGUGGUGUGACAUGUCCCUGGAAGAGGUCCGUGCCUUCGAGACACAGAUGCAUGUGGCCACAAACAAAAACUUCAGCAGCCAGGAACCCUAACGUACCCCACCUGGCCAGGACUCCCGUCUUGUAUGUACCUUCCUGUUUUGAUUUUGCUUGUCAUUUCCUGAAAUCCUGAGACCCGCCUGCCUACGUCCCUGUUCUGCCUUCCCUGACGCUUGAGACAAAACCCAUCCAUGGGAGCAGCAGUGGGAUGGGUGUUUGGGGGAUUCCCCCCCUCGAAGAAUCUGGGAACACUUUCCUGCGAGUCUCUUGUUUUGUUAAAUUCAGAUGAGUUUGGCAUCUGAAUUAUGCAUCGCUCUCAACUCAGAAGGCCUUCAGAAAUGACAGAAAGCGGUACUGGUGCAUUAGAGGGGGAAAGUCUCCAGAAUUCAGUGAUAGACCAUUAAUUCUAAUAGAAUAAUUCCAAUAUUCUCUUGCCCAACAAGGGAUUCAAAGGGGCUUGGUUAUCCUGCUUCUUUUCGUACAGGGGAAGCUUGGUGGACAAAGCUCAUUGUAGUCAUGGCCAACUUGACCUUCAUGGCCAACUUGACCUUAGGAAUAUGCUCAAGGGAAGAUGUAUGGUUACACACACACAC